AUGACUAUCGCAGCCGUUGGGCAACUAUGUUCAACAGCAAGCGUCUCAGCCAACUUGGCUCAGUGUCGAGUCCUUGUGCAAAAGGCAGCUGAGGCAGGCGCGAAGGCCUUAUUCCUGCCAGAGGCUGCGGACUAUAUAGCGUCAUCUCCGGUAGAGUCCAUAUCACUCGCUCGCCCAGUCCAGCAGAGUGAAUUUGUCCUAGGUUUGCAGGAUGAGGCUCGUAAUAACAACUUGCAUAUCAAUGUUGGCAUUCAUGAGCCUGCAUCCGAUGAGAGAGUGAAGAACACUCUUAUCUGGAUCGAUAAUAAAGGUGACAUUACACAGCGCUAUCAGAAAAUCCAUCUAUUUGAUGUAGAUAUCAAAGGAGGGCCAGUGCUGAAGGAAAGCUCGAGUGUGGAGAAGGGGAACGAGAUACUUCCGCCAUUCGACACAGUACUCGGCCGUGUUGGUCUAGCGAUCUGCUUUGAUCUACGCUUCCCCGAGAUCAGCUUAGCAUUAAAGCGCCAGAAUGCUCAGAUUAUCACCUAUCCAUCAGCGUUUACAGUCCCCACAGGCAGAGCGCAUUGGGAAACGCUUCUGCGUUCCAGAGCAAUUGAAACACAAUCCUAUGUGAUAGCUGCUGCCCAGGCAGGUCCCCAUAAUGAGAAGCGACGAAGCUAUGGUCACUCAAUGAUUGUAAACCCAUGGGGUGAGAUCGUGGCUAAGCUUGGUGACGAGUAUGAAGAGCCGCAGAUUGCUAUCGGGGAUAUUGAUUUGGAUCUUCUGGCCAAGGUCAGAAGAGAGAUGCCGCUGCUUAGAAGAACAGAUAUAUACCCAGAGAUAUAG